UUUAACAAGAUGCUAAUAUAAUUAAUUUAUUAUAAAUUAGUGAGAAAUUUGGUCAAAAAAAUAAUUUUCUAAUAGUGUAAAAAGUAUCAAGUGUUAUUGAUUCGGAACGAAUAGAGUAGUGAUUACUAAGUGAGUCUUUGAAGUGUUUAUAUGGUUGGUAGUAAAAUCUGAUAAUUUUUUAUUGCAAAAAAUUUCAGCUCUUCUUUGAGUUGCCAAAUGAGAGUUUACGAGCUUUUGAUCUUGAAGAGUUGAGAGUUGACCAAUCACAUAUGACAAUGGAGUUGUCAGAUGAAGAACAGUUUUGGAAUACAGUGAAAGAUUUGGAAACGGGAAAAGGCAUAGAGGAAAUGGGACAAUUGUGGGAUUACAUAGAUGAUGAGGUUAAUUCUUCUCAUCCUCUUUUUCCCCAACUGCAGGAAUCCCUCAUGGAUGUAGUUGAAUCUUAUUAUCCUCCACCUAAAUUACUCAAACUAACGUCUGAUAUUCCUACUCAAGAUCUCAACUAUUAUUUGCGUGCGAAGCUGCAAUACUUGAUCUUAGAUUUGUCGACUGAUAUCGAGAGUUUAUCGAAUUCGUUAGGCGAGUUGCAAAGUUUACAACAUCUCACCAUAACAGGCAAUAAACUCAGUUGCCUUCCUACCAACAUCACAAGACUAACAAACCUGCAAGAGUUGGAACUCCAUUGGUGUCCUAACCUCGAAUAUUUGCCUCAAAAUUUUGGGGAGUUUGUCAGCUUGACAGAACUCAGUAUAAAGGGUUGCAAAAUCAGGGAGCUUCCCAAAAGCAUAAUCAACCUAAAAAAACUGCUUAUUUUGGAUGUGGAACAGUGCUUAAGGCUUGAAAAUUUUCCCCCAAGUUUCGAUCAAUUGGUGAGCUUGAACAAACUCAGUUUUACAUAUUGUGGGAUCAAAUACCUUCCUACAAACAUACUGAAGCUGCACAAGUUGAAGAUUUUGGAUCUUCGAGGCUGUUUUAAACUGAAAGCAUUGCCUCCGUAUUUGAGUCAGUUGGUGAACUUGGAGAAGCUUCAUAUAAGGGAAACCAAUAUUAAGUUGCUUCCUUGCAGUAUCAAAAGUCUUAAAAACCUGAAAGUGUUGGAUCUGCCAGAUUGUUACGGCUUUAGAUAUUUGAUCCAUAAAAAGGAUAAGCUUUUCGAUAAAAUUCCUCCCGACAAGUUUGUUGAUGAUGAAGCAAUAUUAAACCAUGAUUCUGAUGUAGAAAGGAAUAGGAUUCUAUGUGUUGGAGACGAUUCUCAUGUCAGUGAUGCCUCAAAUUUGGCAAUUCGAAGCAAUGAUCAUCCCUGUGAUGGAGAUCAGCAGACGGGUAUUAUUGCUUCACAAGACAAUGAUAUGAUGCUGGCACCACUUGCUGGAGGUAUGUCUGUAUAUACUUCAAUUCAUGAAAGUCACAUAACAAUGAACAUCAGUGAACGUAUCAACACGGACAAACAAGUAACUUCGGAAAGUCUAUUUUCAUAUUUGGCUCAAGGGAAGAAGCUGCAAGAUGCUGCCGAUGAAGCUGGCGUCAGUAGAUCAACGUUCAAACGCAGAUGUAGAAAGAAUGGGAUUCAGAACUGGGCUAAACGAAAAAACAACACCAACCAUCUUAAUGCCAACAAGUACAAACGCAAUACAAUGCCAGUCGAUACAUUCAUGUUUCAUGACGCAUCAAAGACAAGUACGAAGGAAGCUUUCCGCGUAGUGUCUCAACAAGAUGCAGGAGCUUGUGAAUAUAGUUCUCGUGUGAAUAAAGCUGCAAGUUCAAUCCAAUUCCUAGUUAAGGCAUCAUAUAAAGAUGACAUUUUAAGGUUUAACUUGGAAUCUACAUCGAGUAUGGCUGAGCUCAAGGAAAAGGUGCAGGAAAGAGUACAAGUACUAGAAGAUGGUAAAUUUAAGAUCAAAUAUCAAGAUGAUGAUGAAGACUGGGUGAUCAUGGCUUGCAAUGACGAUUUACAAGAUUGUUUUCGUCUUUCAACGUUGUCCAGAAAAGAUCGUGUUACAUUGAAGAUUCUUGACUCUCUCUAGUAUUAGCUUUGUAGUUUGUGUAGUUUGUAGUUAGGUUAUACGUCGAUUAAGUUUGUUUGCUAAUGAGGUCAAUGAAAAAUAUUACUCAACAGAGAUUCCUGAAUUUAAUAUUGUAUUCUCAUAUAUGAAAGAAAAAAAAUAAUAACCGUUGAGAUUGAGGUGACAAUACAAGUGAAUGCAUUGUCUUUCACAAUAGUGCCACAUUUGUCUCCUUUUCCAUCUUUUGCUAUAUAUAUAUCUACAAGGUAUUGUAAUAGAUAGACGAGAAAUGUAAUAGAAAGAUAAAACAGAUACAAGUUUAUCUCUUA